AAGUAUCACCAACGGCUGCAUAUGAUUUUAACAUUGUGUGCCGAAAAAAAAUCAACCCUUUUGAUUUGCAUCUGAACUGGGUGCAGCUUUGCCGAAAUUUUGCCUUGCCACGUUACCAUAUGCCAGUUUCUCUUUAAAAAUUGUGUUUUAGGGUAUUAUCUCAGCUAGUUAAUUGAUUUGUGUCAGUAGAGCAAUAAGUUAGCUAUCCUAUCUACUAAAGGGAGACCGUUAUCUCCUGUUAUCACUCGACUGUUCCUUUCACGUCUACCCUCCUUAAAGCCAACUAUCCUUGUUGAAUCAAGCCUAAAAGCGUUUCUUCUGAGGAGGAGACCCGACUAACUGCACCGAAAUGGGGUAUGGCCGGUCGGACAGCUACCGCGUGGCCACCACGCAGGACAAGGAGGAGAAGAAGGAGUCGCCCAAGAAGAAGGGAGGCAAGGACCUGGAUGACCUCAAGAAGGAAGUUCCCAUAACUGAACACAAAAUGUCUGUUGAGGAGGUUUGCCGGAAAUACAGCACUGAUAUCGUCCAGGGUUUGACCAAUGCCAAGGCAACAGAGUACCUGGCCAGGGAUGGCCCUAACGCCCUGACUCCACCCCCCACCACCCCAGAGUGGGUCAAGUUCUGUCGCCAGCUGUUCGGUGGCUUCUCCAUCCUGCUGUGGAUCGGUGCCAUCCUCUGCUUCCUGGCCUACGCCAUCCAGGCUGCCACAGAGGACGAGCCCGCUGGGGAUAACUUGUAUCUGGGCAUCGUGCUGUCAGCUGUCGUCAUCAUCACUGGCUGCUUCUCCUACUUCCAGGAAGCUAAGAGCUCCAAGAUCAUGGAGUCCUUUAAGAACAUGGUCCCUCAGCAAGCCCUGGUGAUCCGUGAGGGAGAGAAGAUGCAGAUCAAUGCUGAGCAGGUGGUUGCGGGAGACCUGGUGGAGGUGAAAGGAGGAGACAGGAUCCCCGCUGACCUCCGCAUCGUCUCCUCCCACGGCUGCAAGGUGGACAACUCAUCCCUGACUGGUGAAUCAGAGCCCCAGACCAGGUCAGCUGACUGUACCCAUGACAACCCCCUGGAAACCCGCAACAUUGCCUUCUUCUCCACCAACUGUGUCGAGGGAACGGCACGUGGCAUUGUUGUGUGUACUGGUGAUCGUACAGUGAUGGGCCGCAUCGCCACUCUCACCUCGGGUCUGGAGACUGGCAAGACACCCAUUGCUAAGGAGAUUGAGCACUUCAUCCAAAUCAUCACAGGCGUGGCCGUCUUCCUCGGCAUGUCCUUCUUCAUCCUGUCAAUCGUCCUGGGUUACUCCUGGCUGGAGGCCGUCAUCUUCCUCAUUGGUAUCAUUGUAGCCAAUGUGCCCGAGGGACUGCUGGCCACGGUCACUGUGUGUCUGACACUGACUGCUAAGCGAAUGGCUCGUAAGAACUGCCUGGUGAAGAACUUGGAGGCUGUGGAAACUCUUGGCUCCACCUCCACCAUCUGCUCUGACAAGACGGGCACCCUGACCCAGAACAGGAUGACUGUGGCCCACAUGUGGUUCGACAACCAGAUCCACGAGGCCGACACCACCGAAGAUCAGUCUGGCUCCUCCUUUGACAAAAGCUCCACAACAUGGGUGCACUUGGCCCGCGUCGCUGCUCUGUGCAACCGUGCUGUGUUCAAGGCUGGCCAGGAUGCUUUGCCCAUCCUUAAGCGUGAUGUGGCCGGCGACGCCUCUGAGUCAGCCCUGCUGAAGUGUAUUGAGCUGUCCUGUGGCUCCGUCAAAGCCAUGAGGGAGAAGAAUAAGAAGGUGGCUGAGAUCCCCUUCAACUCCACCAACAAGUACCAGCUCUCCGUUCAUGAAAAUGAUGAUGAAAACGACAACCGCUACCUGUUGGUGAUGAAGGGAGCCCCAGAGAGGAUCCUGGACCGCAGCUCCACCAUCAUGGUGCAGGGCAAAGAGCAGCCCAUGGACGAUGAGAUGAAAGAGGCUUUCCAGAACGCCUAUCUGGAACUGGGAGGACUGGGGGAGAGAGUACUGGGUUUCUGCCACAAGUUUCUGCCAGAGGACAAGUACCCCAAAGGUUUUGCCUUUGACACCGAUGACGUCAACUUCGACACCGACAACCUCUGCUUCGUAGGCCUCAUGUCCAUGAUUGACCCUCCCCGUGCUGCCGUGCCUGACGCUGUGGGCAAAUGCCGCUCCGCUGGCAUCAAGGUUAUUAUGGUGACGGGUGACCACCCAAUCACAGCCAAGGCCAUUGCUAAGGGUGUGGGCAUCAUCUCCGAGGGCAACGAGACAGUGGAAGACAUUGCGGCACGCCUCAACAUCCCUGUCAGCCAGGUCAACCCAAGGGAUGCCAAGGCCUGUGUAAUCCACGGUACAGAUCUGAAAGACCUCGGUCAUGAGCAGAUGGACGAUAUUUUGAGGAACCACACGGAGAUCGUCUUUGCCAGGACCUCCCCACAGCAGAAACUUAUCAUUGUAGAAGGCUGCCAGAGACAGGGUGCCAUCGUGGCUGUGACAGGGGAUGGUGUGAACGACUCUCCCGCCCUGAAGAAGGCUGACAUCGGCGUUGCCAUGGGAAUCUCUGGCUCAGACGUGUCCAAACAGGCUGCCGACAUGAUCCUGCUGGACGACAACUUUGCCUCCAUUGUCACUGGAGUAGAAGAAGGCCGUCUGAUCUUUGACAACCUGAAGAAAUCCAUCGCAUACACUCUGACCAGCAACAUCCCAGAGAUCACCCCCUUCCUGUUCUUCAUCCUGGUCAACAUCCCACUGCCUCUGGGCACCAUCACGAUCCUCUGCAUUGACCUGGGAACUGACAUGGUACCCGCCAUCUCUCUCGCCUAUGAAGCGGCAGAGAGUGACAUCAUGAAGCGCCAGCCCAGGAACCCACUGAGGGACAAACUGGUCAACGAGAGACUCAUCAGUAUCGCCUAUGGACAGAUUGGUAUGAUCCAAGCUCUCGGCGGGUUCUUUGCCUAUUUUGUCAUCAUGGCUGAAAAUGGUUUUCUGCCGUCUUUGCUUGUCGGCAUCCGGCUCCACUGGGACGAUCGCUCCAACAACGACCUGGAGGACAGCUACGGGCAGCAAUGGACCUAUGAGCAGCGUAAGAUUGUGGAGUUUACUUGCCACACAGCCUUCUUCGUCAGUAUUGUGGUGGUACAGUGGGCAGAUGUCAUCAUCUGCAAGACCAGACGUAACUCUGUGUUCCAGCAGGGCAUGAGGAAUAAGAUUUUGAUCUUUGGUCUGUUUGAGGAAACGGCUCUGGCUGCUUUCCUGUCCUACACCCCCGGUAUGGACGUGGCACUACGGAUGUACCCGCUCAAGCCCAGUUGGUGGUUCUGUGCGUUCCCGUACAGUUUCCUCAUCUUUGUUUACGAUGAGAUCCGAAAACUCAUCCUUCGCCGAAACCCCGGAGGCUGGGUGGAAAGAGAAACAUACUAUUAAAUUAUCAAAGCAUCGUUUACUUCUCCCCUGAACGCAUCCCUUCUUCUCCAUCUCCCUCUCUCUGUCUCUUUCCUCCUUCCCUCCAUCCAUCCCUCC